UAAAUAAAUACAUAUACACAUAUUGAAUAUAUAAAUGCACUUCAAGAACAUAUCAAACAGUGAAAUCUCGUCAAAUAUUAAUUUCAGAAGAUAAAACGUUUUCAAUGGAAAUGCUCAAUGCAAGUAUGUCAUUGUUCAUGAAAUUUCUUAUCGUCACGUGGCUUUUGAAGAUACAGUUUGCAAUAGUAGUGGACAGUGAAGAAGUGAACGAUGUAAAUACAUGCUACUUAUCACCAAGCCUUAUACAAGAAAUCGAUUCGUAUGCUCCGUUGGUUAGCGUCAUAAUAAACGAAACUAUAUCAGGUAGCUUCAAAGGCACUACAUGGAAGGAAUUAGCUUACUUUGUUGACAAAUUUGGUCCAAGAUUAACUGGCAGUGAUGUGCUAGAGCAUUCCAUCGACUAUGUGUUGAAUAGAUCGAUCAAGUAUGGAUUAGAUAACGUUCAUGGUGAAUCUGUUGUCGUGCCACAUUGGGUUAGAGGUAAAGAGUCAGCGACGCUGUUAAAACCGAGGCGUAAAAGUAUUAGCAUCUUGGGAUUAGGUUAUAGCGUGGGUACUCCGCCUGAAGGAAUCACAGCCAAGGCCAUAGUAGUGAACAGUUUCAAAGAACUCGACGAUCGAAAAGAUGAAGUACGAGGAAAGAUCGUUGUAUAUAAUGAGAAAUAUGUUUCAUAUGGUGAAACGGUAGAAUAUCGAUCCCAUGGAGCAAGAAGUGCAUCAAAAUAUGGGGCUGUUGCAGCCUUAAUUAGGUCAGUUACGCCAUAUUCGUUAUAUACUCCGCAUACUGGUAUGCAAACAUAUGGCGAAAAUGUGACUAAAAUUCCUGUAGCUUGUAUUACUGCUGAAGAUGCUACUUUGUUAAGAAGAAUGUCAGAUAGAGGUAACGAAAUAGAGAUACUUUUGAAAAUGCAAGCGAAAAAUUUACCAAUGAAAACAUCGCGAAAUGUAGUAGCUGAACUGAAAGGUACUGCGAUGCCAGAGAAAGUUGUUGUUGUAUCUGGUCAUAUUGAUAGUUGGGACGUUGGUCAGGGCGCAAUGGAUGACGGAGGUGGAGCGUUUAUUUCAUGGCAUGCUUUAAAAUUACUGAAACAUCUUAACUACAAAUCUCGACGAACAGUGAGGAUGAUCAUGUGGACAGGCGAAGAAAUGGGGAUGAUAGGAGCUUCACAGUACAUUCAGUCUCACAAAGCUGAACAGAAGAAUUUGCAGUUCGUUAUGGAAUCGGAUAUGGGAACAUUUAUGCCUUUAGGUCUAGAGUUUACUGGGACAGAAGAAGUGAAAUGCAUUUUAGAAAGAAUUAUUAAGCUCUUAUCUCGUAUGGGAGAUAUGAAAGUUCGUAGUCCGAACGCAGGUCCCGAUAUUAGUCUUUGGGUAGAUGCAGGUGUACCUGGUGGUUCUCUUUGGAAUCAGAACGAAAAAUAUUUUUAUUAUCACCAUUCAAAUGCAGAUACUAUGUUAGUUGAAGAUCCGGAAGCACUCGACAAGGGAACGGCACUGUUUGCAGCACUAGCAUACGUACUUGCCGAUAUCAGCGUCGAUCUACCACGGCAUAAAUGACAUUAUUAAUAUCUGGAAUGAUUAUAUUAUAAGGAAAAUAUUUGAAAAAGUACCAAAAUAAUGUUAAAAUUUAUAUACAGUGGGCCCUCGACUUUCGCACAUAAUUGGUUACUGAAAGUGUGUGCGAAUGUUGAAUGUUCGAAAGUAGAGGGAUGUAAAACAAUAUGCACCAAAACCUGUGUUUUGAAGUAUUUAUUUAUCAAUAAUGAAUUAUGGUAUACAUAAUGAAGUUAAAGAGGCGUGUUAAGUACUUUCGGGUGUUUCCUUUAUAAACUUGUCAAGAGUUAGUUGAAUACUAAACUUUUUUUUCUUUUCUUGGUCCCCUGAGAGGGGACAUCCUAACACAGAGGAUUAAAAAGUUGAAUUUUUAAAAAUGUGCGAAAAUCGAGG